AUGUACAACACACCCAACACCCAUCCCGCCUCCCCCCUCCCACCCCACAGCUAUCGGGCCCUCCACCAUCCUCGUGGCUCGGAGGGCGCCCCGGAACCAGGGCCAACGGAAGCGGAACGCUCGAACGCCCGAUCGAUGCACGCGCCGGGCCGGCCGGAACGCCGACCGGAACCCACAUCCGACUGCAGGCCAGCUCACAUGAACGUGGCCUCCGCUGUCGACAGACCGGGCGGCGCGGUUCGGUACUCCGAAGGGCUUUCUCACACUCCACCCGAUCAAACCAUCUCAAAAUUAGCAAAAACCAAUCCUGCAAGAAAGACCCCCCAAUCGAUUCCACGGGCGAAAACACACGCAGCCGAGGAUCUCAGACUCCACUUCUCAAGUGUAACACAGGCCGAGGAUGUUGCCACACGGCUCUGGGUCGACGACGGCAGCCCGCUGGCUCAGAAACGACGGCGGCCCGCUGGCUCAGAUCGACCUGCAGACUCACCCAUCCCCGCCCACCACCCCCAUCCCCCCAAUCAAUCAGCUCACAAGCCAAGCAAGCUGACCGACCGACCACCGGCUCCAGGAUAA